GUAAAAGUGUUUUUAUGGAUUGAUGGGAAAAUUCAAAGGCGCAUAGAAGGGAAGAAUAUGAGAGAAAGAUGGAAGCUUUGACCGCCAUUGAUUCUCUAUAGUCUAACCACAUCUCAUUUCCUAACUCUCUCUCUCUCUCUCUCUCUGAUGCGUGUUCUUGUCUUUUAUUUUGAUUCAUUGGCUCAUCAGAUCAGUCACAGAGCCAAAUAGAGAAGAAUAAAGAAGGUCCUGUUGGGAUUUUCUUACAUUGACAAACUGCUCAACUUUUUUGGCAAAUAGAUGGCAGAAGUUCAUAAUCAACUAGAGAUCAAGUUUAGGUUAACUGAUGGUUCUGAUAUUGGCCCUAAAGCAUUUCCUGAUGCCACAACUGUUGCCGCCUUGAAGGAAACUGUUAUUUCUCAAUGGCCUAGAGAAAAGGAAAAUGGGCCGAAGACAGUGAAAGAGGUGAAGUUGAUAAGCGCAGGUAAAGUUUUGGAAAACAACAAGACAGUUAAAGACUACCGAAGCCCUGUCUCUAAUCUAGUAGGCGCUGUCACCACAAUGCACGUUAUCAUCCAACCUCUGAUUACUGAAAAAGAAAAGAAGCCUAAAGGUGAUGAUCCGAAGAUGAACAAAUGUGUUUGCUCAGUCAUGUAAGACAAAACGCAAAAUCUCAAGAGAAGUCAGAUUACUGAUCUGGUUCCCUCACGUGGUUUGGUAUAGAUUGUUUACUGAUUGCGGAUACAGAAUCAUUAAGUGUUGAACCUUUUUUUAUAAAGUAUAAAUCAAAUCUCUUUUACUAGCUUGUUGCAAGAAUCACAGAUCAUAGAUGUAGUAGUGAUUCAGAACUUGUUAAAGACAAAAGUAGACUCUGCUUUACCUCUGUUUUCAGAACUUUUUGUCCCAUCUAAGAAUACCAG